AUGGGCGAGCGCGGCUUUGCCAUCAAGGCGGACGCGACCAAGACAGCGUGGGAGUCGGACGAGUUCCCGCUGCUGUGCGAAGGGUGUCUGGGAGAGAACCCGUACGUGCGCAUGAUGCGCGAGGCGUACGGCAGCGCGUGCAAGAUCUGCGCCCGGCCGUUCACGGUCUUUCGCUGGAAACCCGGGAAACGGGCCCGAUACAAAAAGACUGAAGUGUGUCAGACCUGCGCGCGCAUGAAGAACGUGUGCCAGACGUGCGUGUUGGACCUGCAGUACCACCUGCCGGUGCAAGUGCGCGACGCGUUCUUGGCCAAAGAAGGCGACGGAGGCGACGGCCACGGGGCGGUCAACGUGCCCGCGAGCGACGCCAACCGCGAGUGGUUCUCGCAGCAGCAUUUGCGCAUGCUCGAGCAAGAAGGCGCAGUCUCGGUCUACGGCAAAGCAACUGGAGCCGGGAGCUCGGCGCUCUUGCGCCUGGCGCGUCGCGAGCCGUACUACAAGCGCAACCGCGCGCACUUGUGCUCGUUCUACGCGCGCGGAGAGUGCACUCGCGGCGACGAGUGUCCGUAUUUGCACGAGAUGCCGCGCGACAAGGACGAUCCACUGGCCAAGCAGAACAUCAAGGACCGAUACUAUGGAAAGAACGACCCCGUGGCGGCAAAGAUGCUCGGCGGGGGACCGAAGAAGAGCCAGCGCGACGGGCACCACGAGAGCAAGCCGCGGAAGGCUGCUGCAGCGCUUGAGGGCGCUGGCAAGCCGAAACCACCGCGACUGCUGCCUGGAGCAAAGCCGCCACUGCCUGCUGGACCACCGCCGACGCGGGCUUCGAAGGCCGAGGAAGAGUCGAAAAGCUAG